CGCUAGUGGCGCGAAUUCUCCCCUCUGUCCGAGCCGGAGAGAAAGAAAGAAAGAGAACUUGUCCGCCAUGGAUUUAGCCGCUGCGGGGGAUGCUGGGCUGGCGGCGGCGGCGGCGCCGCUGAAGCAAAUCCGCGACGAGGUGGCCGAGAAGUGCCAGAAGCUGUUCCAGGACUUCCUCGAAGCAUUUCAGAACAGUGAUGGAGAAGUUAAAUACUUGCGAGAUGCAGAGGAAUUGAUUCGUCCAGAGAGAAACACGUUAAUUGUGAGCUUUGAGGAUCUGGAGCAGUUUAAUCAGCAGCUUGCUACCACAAUCCAAGAAGAGUUCUAUAGAGUCUAUCCUUUCUUGUGUCGAGCUGUAAAAACCUUUGCUAGAGACCAUGGAAAUGUUCCCCCCAAUAAGGACUUCUAUGUUGCUUUCCAGGACCUACCUACCAGACACAAAAUUCGUGAAAUGACGUCAGCUCGAAUUGGAUCGCUAAUGCGUAUUAGCGGGCAAGUGGUCCGCACCCACCCGGUUCACCCAGAGCUCGUAAGCGGAACAUUCCUGUGCCUGGAUUGCCAGACAGUGAUAAAAGAUGUUGAGCAGCAGUUCAAGUACACACAACCCAACAUCUGCAGAAACCCAGUUUGUGCCAAUAGGAAACGGUUCCUUCUGGACACCAACAAAUCCAGAUUCGUUGACUUUCAAAAGGUCCGUAUUCAGGAGACACAAGCUGAGCUACCCCGGGGAAGCAUUCCUCGCAGUGUUGAGGUGAUACUGCGGGCUGAAGCUGUGGAAUCGGCCCAGGCUGGUGACAAGUGUGACUUCACAGGUUCCCUCAUUGUUGUGCCUGAUGUGUCCCAGCUGUCUACCCCAGGUGUCCGAGCAGAAACUGGCUCUCGUGUGAGUGGGAAAGAAGGCUAUGAAACUGAAGGUGUCAGAGGACUUCGUGCACUUGGAGUCAGAGAGUUAUCCUAUAAAUUGGUCUUUCUAGCAUGCUACGUUGCACCAACGAACCCAAGGUUUGGUGGCAAAGAGCUGCGAGAUGAAGAACAGACUGCAGAAAGCAUUAAAAACCAGAUGUCAGUAAAGGAGUGGGAAAAAGUAUUUGAAAUGAGCCAGGAUAAAAACCUUUAUCACAACCUUUGUACCAGCCUCUUUCCAACCAUACAUGGUAAUGAUGAAGUUAAGCGAGGGGUUUUACUCAUGCUGUUUGGUGGCGUUCCUAAGACAACAGCAGAAAGCACUUCACUUCGUGGUGACAUCAACAUUUGUAUUGUUGGUGAUCCGAGUACUGCCAAGAGUCAAUUUCUUAAGCACGUGGAGGAGUUCAGCCCCCGAGCUGUCUACACCAGUGGAAAGGCCUCUAGUGCUGCUGGCUUAACGGCUGCUGUUGUGAAAGACGAAGAGUCCUAUGAAUUUGUCAUUGAAGCUGGAGCUCUAAUGUUGGCAGAUAAUGGAGUCUGUUGCAUUGAUGAAUUUGACAAAAUGGAUAUGAGGGAUCAAGUUGCCAUUCACGAAGCUAUGGAGCAACAGACUAUAUCCAUUACUAAAGCAGGAGUUAAGGCUACUUUGAAUGCCAGGACCUCUAUUUUGGCCGCAGCUAACCCAGUUGGUGGACGUUAUGAUAGAGCAAAGUCUCUGAAACAGAACAUAAACCUAUCAGCCCCCAUCAUGUCUCGAUUUGAUCUCUUCUUUAUUCUUGUGGAUGAAUGCAAUGAGGUUACAGAUUAUGCCAUUGCAAGACGCAUUGUGGAUCUUCAUUCUAGGAUAGAUGAAUCGAUUGAUCGCCUGUAUUCGCUAGAUGACAUCCGAAGGUAUCUUCUCUUUGCCAGGCAGUUUAAACCCAAGAUUUCUAAGGAGUCGGAGGAUUUUAUAGUUGAACAAUAUAAGCGCCUUCGCCAGAGGGAUGGUUCCGGCAUUACAAAAUCGUCAUGGAGAAUCACAGUGCGGCAGCUGGAAAGCAUGAUUCGGCUGUCGGAAGCAAUGGCACGGAUGCAUUGCUGCGACGAGGUCCAUCCAAAACAUGUGAAGGAAGCCUUCAGGUUAUUGAACAAAUCCAUCAUCAGAGUUGAAACUCCAGAUAUCAAUUUAGACCAAGAUGAAGAACAAACCAUUGAUGAGCCUGAGGCCCAGGAUGGAGUUCAGAGAGAUGGAGAUACUGCAGUCGUUAAUGGCUUGGUGAACGGCAUCAAUGGACAUGCAGAUGAUCUGAGCAAGGAUGUGGCACCAAAGGCUUCCCUAAGGCUUAGUUUCCCUGAAUAUCGCAGAAUCUCAAACCUCAUUGUAAUGCAUCUGAGAAAAUCAGAAGAAGAAGAUGAUGACGCCUCCUUAAAAAAGAGUGAACUUAUCAACUGGUAUUUAAAGGAAAUUGAAUCAGAAAUAGAUUCUGAAGAAGAACUGAUAAAUAAGAAGAUGAUAAUAGAGAAAGUGAUCCAUCGUCUUACACACUAUGACCACAUUCUAAUUGAGCUCACACAGACAGGGCUGAAAGAUUCCGUGGAAGGACAGAGCAUUGAUGAAGAAGACCCUUACCUUGUGGUUAAUCCUAACUACUUGUUGGAAGACUAGGGAUUAUGAAACAAUUCUACAGUCACAACGUAUCCAUUCCCUAUUGGAGACCAGCACUCAACUGGCUAAUUUUAUAUCUUAUCUGUCUAUCACUGUUGUACAUAGUUGGCUACCCAAAAAAAAGCUUUGUCACAUAAUUCACCCAUCCUCUGUUUUUAAUUCUCUCUUAUUAAGGGAAAAGCUUCUCCAUUCCUUUCCAGAAAAAGGGCCCUGCAACCUAACAGGGCAGCUUUUUAGAACAAAACUUCCAUAUCCUCAGCUCCUUUUAUCCUUUUUACAUACUUUUUUCUGCAUCUCUGUAGCAUAAUCUUAUGUUGUAGGUCCCCUUGACUCCUAUCUUAAUUUGUGAAAAAUAAAGCAUUCCUUAUAUACAAAA